AUGGUGCUCGACCAUUGGGAUCAAGAUCGCGAUAUCCUGGAGAGAGCGAAAAAAGGAAAGGAUUCUUUCGAAGAUGACUCGUGUGUUAAGCAGUCGUCACAUUUCGAACAGGCCGACGAAUUCUUCGUUGCGUUAAAAUCUUUAACCGAGAAAGCGUUUAGUGUCGAAGAACAUAAUGAAGUACAGGAGGAUAAAUGGUUGAAGAAAGCUAUUGGACUUAUUGAUCCUUAUCAAGAACAACCCUAUCUAUUAGAUCCGCACUUGGAAAACAUGGUCAAGCCAGUAAUCGAAAUUCUCCGCACAUACAUAAAAUCUCUCGCGCUCGAAAAUAUUUAUCUGUCUAAAUCAUUAGAAGAAAGGAAAGAGCGAGUUCAGGUAUCUAAAACGAUGAAGAGGUUAUUUAGGUUGAUCUAUUAUGUUAUGAAGAUUAGGGGAUAUAAGACUGUUGUCAAACUCUUCACACAUGAAGUCUCCGAUCUCGAACCGACUUUCUGCUUCUUCAGUUCUCUCUCACCGGACGACUAUGAUGCAUGGGAGAUGAGAUAUGUUCUCCUGAUCUGGUUAUCUCUUAUCUGCAUGAUUCCAUUUGAUUUAAAAACUGUCGACAGUCGAGCCGUGGCCGAUAGUGAUAAGAUCCCGCUGGUCGAUGAAAUGGUUGCUUUAUCCAAGUUUUAUCUUAACGUAACUGGAAAAGAACGCGAUGGAGCUGCUGUACUUUUGUCACGUUUACUAACAAGACGUGAUAUAGCCAAAGCUUAUUUGUCAGAUUAUGUCCAAUGGGCAACUGAAGAAGCAAAGCGUUAUGAAAACGUUUUUGUUGUUACAGGAAUACUUACAUCUUUAUGUGCGAUAUAUAAAUUAGGCCAUCGUGCCACCUUAUUAUCCACUGUCGAUACUGUGUGGCCGUGUUUAUUUCUUACUGAAACAAACCAGAACUUUGCAAAUAAUACUUUGGUAAGAAAAUUACUCGUGAAACUGUCUCAGAGAUUUGGCAUGUGCUAUCUUAGACCGAAAGUUGCAGCUUGGAGAUAUCAACGAGGUAAUAGAUCCUUGAAAGACAAUCUCGAAGCGUCGAACGCGGGCGUAGAUUCUUCAAACGUUCUCCAAAAUUUAAUAUCUAUCGAUGAUGACGUGGAUGAGGAAAUUCCUGAGCAAAUUGAAGAAAUAAUAGAAAUGCUUCUUAAGGGACUUCGUAAUAAGGAUACUGUAGUCCGUUGGUCAGCUGCUAAGGGAAUUGGCCGUUUGACCCAUAGACUUCCUCAAGAACUAGCAGAUGAUGUUGUUGGGUCCCUACUAGAGCUCUUCUCUGAAAAUGCUUUUAUGCGAGAUGAUGUACUUGACUUAUCUUCCGUGUCUGACAAUACAUGGCAUGGUGCGUGUUUAGCAGUAGCUGAACUGGCAAGGCGAGGAUUGUUGCUCCCUAAACGGCUCGAUGAAGUUUUUCCGUGGGUGAUUAAGGCUUUAAAAUUUGACCUACGUCGUGGAAACUACUCAAUUGGCUCUCAUGUACGUGAUGCAGCGUGUUAUGUUUGUUGGUCAUUUGCCCGGGCGUAUGCGCCUGAAGUGCUGGCUUCCCACGCAUCGGAAUUGGCCAAUUCUCUUGUGGUGAUAUCUGUGUUUGAUCGAGAAGUUAAUGUUCGGCGAGCGAGUAGCGCUGCAUUUCAGGAGAACGUUGGAAGGCAGGGUAUAUUUCCGCAUGGGAUUGAUAUCAUCACGACUGCAGACUAUUUUACGAAUAUACGCGAACUAGUAUCAAAGGCCUUGCAUAACCUCACAUUUCUUGAUGUUGACCACAUGGUGUCGAAGGUUCUUCCUUCAUUGAUCCCAAAGGCAAUAUGUAAUGACUUGCAAACACAUCACGGCGCGUUACUGGCGGUUGGUGAAGUGUGCUUGGCAUGGGCAAAGCUACAUGGAGAAAACCGUGAAUGGGUUGAUAAGCAUAAAGAUUUAGUCACGUCAAUCGCAAUGAUACCAUCGAAUAUCCCAGGACAUUUUUUCGCAGAUUUUGGUUCAGAACUAACGUGCCAAGGAGCAUCACAUCUAAUUGCUUGUUUGGCUAAAGCAAAGUGGCCAAUUGAUAAGGAAACACUAGUAGUAUGGGAGGACGUUGUGUAUGAUUUGCUAAGAAGAAAAGAUGAAUAUGGACAGGAACUUGCUGUUAAAGCUAUCGAAGCUGUUAUGUCACAGUACGGAAUCGAUGCGGAAGAGAUCGAUCGUAUUAAUCCAUCAAAGAACGCCUAUAACAGGCGAGGUUUUUCGCUCGCGUUGGGUGUAUUAGAAUAUAAAAAGUUUCCACAAGAAAUUGAGCGUGUGGUGGACGCAUUGAUUGAAUCAUCGCGGGUACAAGAGACUAAAGUUUGGAAUGACGCGGAAACUAGACGAAAUGCUAUUAUUGCGUUGGGUAAUAUUGCAAAGAAUCUAGGAGAUGACUUUAAGAGCAGUAAGUGGGAGAAUCGGGUGUAG